GCCGGCACGCCACUGCGUUUGCUAGUUCCAUACUUAAAUUUCUUUCAUUUUCAACUACCACCUGUUUACUAGAAAGCUUUUGUCCUCCAUCUUCCUUCUUUCCCUAAUGUCUCUACUUAUGUUCCUUCUCUUUUGUUAAUUCAUAAUCUGGUUACCCACUACAAAAAAAAUAACCCAUAUGGCUAACAGGAAUCUAUUGCUUAUUUUUGUUAUAGUCUCAUUCUUUGUGUACAGUUCUCUCUCUCAGCCAUUAAAGACCACCUGCAAUGGUGUGUUCUUGUCCUACAACUACACCGGAGGCUAUCCUAUCCCGCCCACUGACCCCACUAACCAACCGUACCGUUUCGAAUCCACUGUAACCGUGCUCAACAACGGACGUGAUGAGCUCAAAUCUUGGAGCGUCUUCGUUGGGUUUCAAAAUAAUGAGGUCUUGGUCUCUGCGACAAAUGCUUUGUUGGCUGAUGGCAGGUCGCUGCCCGCUUUCGUUGGAAACGGUACCGUUUUGGUCGGGUCUUCUAACACUGACCUCAAAUCAGCUAUUGAGACUGCAGGCGAUUUGACCCAGAUGGAGGUUAUAAUCCAGGUUGUUGGGACACGUUUUGGAAAUAGAAAUGGAACUUUGGAUGCUCCGUUGCCUCUUAAUUUGACUCUGGCUAAUGAUGGCUACUCUUGUCCUUCUCCAACAAGACAAGGCAACGAGUUGCAACUGUGUUGCACUAGAGAUUUGAAUGCUCCAUCAAACAUCACCCUGGAAAAUUUCCAGCCCCGAAAAGAUGGUGACCUUAUAAUCAUGUAUGAUAUAAUCAGAACAUAUGAAACUGAUUACUGGGCACAAGUGUCUAUCUCGAACCAUAAUCCUCUCGGACGUCUUGACAAUUGGAAAUUAAGCUGGGAUUGGACAAGGGGUGAAUUUAUCUAUGCCAUGAAAGGAGCUUAUCCUUCUGUUGUUGAUACAACAGGAUGUGUUUUUGGUCCCCAAGGUCAGCACUACAAGGAAAUGGAUUUUUCUCAGGCACUGAAUUGUGCGAGGAGCCCUACAAUCGUUGACUUGCCUCCAACAAGAGCAAACGAUACACAGAUUGGCUUGAUUCCCUUCUGCUGUCGAAACGGGACUAUUCUACCACCUAAUAUGGAUCCAAGUAAGUCUCUUUCAGCUUUCCAAAUGCAAGUGUUCAAGAUGCCGCCAGACUUGAACAGGACAGAAUUCUUUCCACCACUGAACUGGAAGAUUAAUGGCACAUUCAGUUCAAAUUUCCAAUGUGGGCCUCCGGUGCAAGUGAGCCCAAGCCAGUACCCUGACCCAACUGGUUUGCCUUCAAGAACAGAAGCAGUAGCUAGUUGGCAAGUGGCUUGCAACAUAACACGUUUCACGGAGGAGCCCCCAAAAUGUUGCGUAUCUUUUUCGUCUUUUUUCAAUGAUUCUGUUGUCCCUUGUAGCACCUGUGCAUGCGGCUGCAACAACCCAAGUCAAACCUGCAAUGCUAACGAACCAGCUCUUCUUCUACCAUCGGAAUCUCUUCUGGUCCCAUUUGAGAACCGGACUGCUGAAGCUUUGAAAUGGGCAGAAUUGAAAAGGAGGGAUGUGCGUAAUCCACUGCCGUGUGGGGAUAACUGCGGAGUUAGCAUUAACUGGCAUUUACUAUCAGAUUAUAGAGAUGGCUGGACCGCAAGGAUCACCCUUUUCAACUGGGGUGACACUGAUUUUGCAAAUUGGGUUGCUGCAGUGCAACUCGACAAGGCAGGGCCAGGCUUUGAAAAAGCCUACUCCUUCAAUGGAAGUGUCCUGCCUAAUUCCAGCAAUAUCAUAUUCAUGCAAGGCCUUCCAGACUUCAAUUACCUAGUGGCAGAAAUGGAUGGCGCCAACCCAAGAAAAGAUCCUCGGGUUCCUGGCACACAGCAGUCAGUUCUUUCUUUCACCAAGAAAAAAACACCUGGCAUUGAUGUGGCUGAUGGCGAUGGGUUUCCUAUGAGAGUCUUCUUUAAUGGUGAGGAGUGCGCACUCCCUACAAUACGUCCAACCAACAACGGUCGCAAGGCAAUCGCAACUAAUAGUGCUUUCAGCUCUCUAUUAGUUCUAGCUCUCUUUCUGAUGUAUUGGUAGCAGUUAUAGGGCUUGAUUGUUCUUGAUUUUUGAAAUUGUCUCUCCUUCCUGAUUAAUCUAAUUUUUCUUGGUUUGA